AAAUAUUUAUUGUUUUGCAUUAGUCAAAUGAAUCGGAUUUUUAAUUUUACACGCAACGCCAUCUGCAUUGAUCUUUUUGUCGUGUAAGUGUAAAUGGCUAACCCAAGCAGUAGCGACAAAUGGUAUUUUACAAAAGAACAACUUGAAAAUACACCGUCAAGAAAAUGUGGUUACGAUGCCCACAAAGAACUUUCAUACAGGCAACAAGCCGCAAAUUUUAUCCAGGACAUGGGCCAGAAGCUUAAAGUAUCACAAUUAUGUAUCAACACAGCAAUCGUGUACAUGCAUCGCUUCUAUGUGUUCCACUCAUUUACACACUUCCCAUGGCACCAGAUGGCAGCAGCUGCACUUUUUCUUGCAGCCAAAGUGGAGGAGCAACCAAGAAAGCUGGAAUAUGUAAUAAAAGUCGCAAAUAUAUGCCGCAACCCAAGAGAUACAAAUAUAGAUUUAAAUUCAGAAAGGUAUAUAACCCAAUCUCAGGAUUUAGUGUUCAAUGAGAAUGUGCUGCUGCAAACCUUAGGAUUUGAUGUCGCCAUUGAUCAUCCCCACACUCACGUUGUAAGGUGCUGUCAUUUAGUAAGAGCUAGUAAGGAUUUAGCUCAGACAUCAUAUUUUAUGGCAAGUAAUAGCUUACACUUAACGACAAUGUGUAUUCAAUAUAAACCCACCGUAGUAGCUUGCUUUUGCAUACUUGUGGCUAGUAAAUGGUCAAAUUGGGAAAUUCCAUUGUCAAAUGAAAAGAAAGAAUGGUACUCGUAUGUGGAUCCGACUGUUACUGCAGAACUGCUUCAGCAACUUACUGAGGAAUUUCUAGUAAUUUUCGAGGCUUGUCCUUCCAGAUUAAAAGAUAAAGUAAUGGCCAUACCCGAUAAUAUAACUCAUCCACCAGCUAUGCAGAAUUCACCUUUUGAUAGCGAACCAAAGAAGGUCAUAAGAGACGAUGGGAAGGAUCCACACUUGCAUAAAUCAUCACACCAUGAUACUAAAUCAGGGCAAAGAAAUGAUCUCCAUAAACAUAGAUCUUCUAGGCCACACGAGGCUGGUUCCAGCAGUCAGCAACAGAGGGAGCGAGAAUAUAAAGAAAGGAAGGAACGUGAAAGGCUGGCUGCGCAGCAGAAGGCCUUAAUGGGUGGCCAAUCUAAGAUUCCUCACGGACACCAUCGUCCUCCAGUUGAUCCCAAAUUAAAGCCACAUGCAAGACCACAAUCUAUGGGAAGCUAUCAACCCAGCAAUCGUGCCGAACCCAGAGAUAUUCUGAGAGAGACAUCGAGAGAUUCACCAUUUGGACUGCCCAACAAAGAUUAUAGAGAUCAGUCACGGGAUCACGGAAGGGAUUCCACUUCCAAAGAUCCCCAGGUGGCACGUAGUGAUACGCGCGGUGAUAAAGAUGUGCAGAAAAGAGAUUAUCUUCUUAAACCAAAUGUACAGACUGACAUGAACAGUUUAAACAAUUACCCCGAUUCGCGAUUAAGUGCUGAGAAACAACGAAUCGACCUGGCUAACAGGUCUCGAGUGGAUCCCCAGAAAGUGUCAUCCACCAAACACGAUUCAAUGCGUAAACAUGAAGAAUCCAAGCCUUACCUUAAAUCUGAAACCGAUAAUAUUAAAAAACACUUAAGUGCCAGUGCGUACGAUAAAAGUAACGUUUACUUAAUGAAUAAAUCGCUAACCUCUACCUCGCAAAAAAUCAAGUCGCCUUUCCAUGUAGAUGCCUCAAAAUCCGUCCCCAAACAAAACAAGAAUGAAAUAAUUACUCAUUCUAAACCCCAACACUAUAAUGGAAGUAGCAAUGACAGUUCAUACAAUCUUCCUGUAAUAACAAACGAUAAGAUUAAAACGGAUCCCGUAUAUGUAAAAGAAGAGAUCCCAACUCCUUCCGUCAUCAAAAGACCCAGUUUAUUUUCACCAGAAAGUACCCCACCACAUAAGAAAGCUAUCAAAUCAUCUCCAACUUCUCUGAAGAAUGUUAAUGAAAUUUCUACACCUCUAUCUCCCUUAACUUCUCCUGUGAAUAAAAGAAGCAGAAAUUAUUCGAGCAGUUCAGAACCAGAACUAAGACCCGUUAUGAAAAAAAUAGACCAGGUCCAAGGUUUUGAAAAUCUCGUACGAGACAACACAAUCGGCAUGGAUAAAAUUCAUCAUAUGCCUGACGUAGUAACUCCUCUGUCUGACGUGAAGAAGGAGUACAAUGAAGUUCACGUUCCUGAAGCUUACAGCAAUGAUAUGAAACCACCGGAUAUCAUUCCACUAUUACCUACAGAAAACGCCAAUAUGUCUACACUUGUGAACGGUUUAGAGACAAAUCCUACUUUGAUCAGUCAUUUAUUAAAGGAGGCCCCUUCGGUACCUCACUUACCCGUGGUUGCUGCUUCGGAAACUACUGCCCAGCCAGUCGUUCAGCCACAAGUUCAGACAGAGGUUAAGGAAAAAGAGCACCAUCAUCACAAAAGUAAAAAGAAGAAUAAAGAGAAACACAAGCAUAAAGACAAAGACAGGAAUAGGGAGGAAAAGAAAAAGAAACACAAAGACAAGGACCGUGAAAAACACAAGCACAAAGACAAACAAGAAAUUCCCCAACCAGUCGCUGCGGAACCCAUCAAAAUUAAGAUCCACAAAGACAAAAUCCAACCUUUACCGGAGAGUUCGACGCAAGGUCCCAGCAUCGGGCUGAAGAUAAAAAUCCCCAAGGACAAAAUUAAGACUGAAAGCAUCAGCGAACUGUCCCAGCCUCCGCCAAGUGGCGGGCUAAAGAUUAAAAUUCCUAAAGAAAAGAUCAAUUGUGGGGCGUCAGUCGAUAGCAACAGUAAAAAACGCGAUCGGGACCACAGUUCGCCCCCAGAUGCACCGCCGAAUAAAGUGGCCAAGGGGAGUCACAAGGACUCCAAACAGAACGGCAAGCAUUCUUAUAACAAGGUAAGCAACUAUCAGAAUAACGUUAACCCCCGCCCUCCUCCUCCAUACCCUGUCAACAUGCCACCGAAUCGCGCGCCUUCGAGGCAGUUGUAUCCCCAACCACAACAUAAUCCAAUGUAUUAUUACCAACAACUGCCGCCGCCUAGUUUACCGGACAUGAGCGUACCGCCACCGCCAUUCUUGUUUUCCGAAGGGGCAUCAAUGUAUAGUCGGUACUUCCACCAAGGGUACAUGUACCCUUCUGAGAUGUACCAGCAACAACUACCACUGCCACACACCACCAAUGCCAAUCCACCGUUACCCAAGGAUGCGCCUCCAUAUGUACCCCCACCUCCUCCACCUGAGUAGUGCAACGAUUCGACUGAUUUUAAUUUGUGGCUCAAAAUAUAUAUAAAUUAAGCGUAUUAACUCCUUCAUACACAUUAAGUUUUUAGAUAUUAAUUCGUAGUUUUCUAUACAGAUAAAUAACUAAAUCAAUUGAAAAACAAUUAUAAUAGUACAUAUACAGUGUGGCCCAUUAAAAACCAUUGCACCCCUCUAAAAAUUUUUUUGGCACAUGCAAGUGGAAUAAAUUUGAUUUUUACAUGUACAUGUUUACCAAUUACGAUAAGUCACUCGUAUGAAAUCACAAAAAUUUUGAAAUUCCAUAUUAUUUACCGUUUGUACGAGCAGUAUCAGUAAUUCCAUAAUUUUUCAUUUCCAAUUCUGAUGCCUCUUAGAUGUGACACUGAAUAAGCCGCUAUAAGCCAGAAUUUUUUAUAAUGAAAUUCGCUUCGCUAAUUUUCUAAAAAAUUUGUUCUAAAAUAAAAAUUGCAGUAGGCCAUAGACUAUGAUUUGAAUUGUCACAAUUGGCUCAGUAAAUACAUCUAGAAAGAAAGAAAAAAAAAAAAAACAACGAAAUGUGUCGACAAAUUUUUAGAGGAGUGUUCUUAAUGAGCAACCCUGUAUUGUGAGAUUGCUGAUGAUUAGGCAUAUCAAAUAAACAUUUUUUAUCAAACAUUGAAAGACAAAAAAAAUGGAAAUGGGAACUGUAUUCUAAAAUUAUAUAUAAGAUAACUAAAAUUAUGAAAGUAAAUAGUUAAACAUAAGAUUUAUAAACAUCUAUUGAAAUGUUCGCAUAGAAUUAAAAAAAAAGUUCUCAAAAAAUUGAGUUUUAUAAAUAUGAAAAAAGUUUUUAUAUUCAAUUUAUAAGUGAUAAUAUCUAGUGGAAACCUAAGUUUAAAAUUACAAAUAAGUAAUUCACUAAUGAAAGAAAUCAAAUUUGUGGCUAACUUCACAAGAUGAUUACACUUCAGUACUGCAGGAGGAAUAUUAUUGUGCAUUUACGAGAUGGCAUUUUAAUUACAGAGGCCGACAAAAUUUUACGAAAGUCCAGAACCAGAAACCGCAUCUAGUGUACCCGAAGGAUUUUGGUGCGCUGAUUACGAAUCCGAGCUCAGAAUUGGUCCAUCACCCUAGAUUCUCGAAAUAUUCUAACCUAAAAAUGCAAAAAUCGCGGUCUUUGCUAUAUUCGGGGUCAGAUUACGUGAAUUAAUUUUUUUCUAAAAUCGCGUUAAACCUUACCCUUCUAAGCCCACUUCGAUUUCGUUGCAACAUGAAAAUAAACAAAAUUUAUCCAAAAACGAGAUAUAAGGUACUUAUAUGUUUCUUGAGUCGCUGAAUUUGAAAACACCGGCGGACCUGCUCCAUAACCUCAAUAUUUCAAGAUUUUUCUAACCUAAAAUUGAAUACUAUAUGCAGCAGAUACCUAUGUAUGCACACUGUUACAUUCGGAUGCUAAGCUCAUGACAGGUUCAUCAUAAUGUGCUAAGUAUAACCUACCAUACAUUAACCUAAAUGCGCAAUAACCAACGAGGGUUAAACCCACGACAGGUUAACCUAAAUGCGCAGUAACCUACGAGCGCUGAACCUUAAUACUAAACUUCAAUCUAUCAUGACUCUAUGGAAAAAAA